CUUCUCUCUGUGCUUAUACUACUACUGGUCCCCCACUAGAAAUCCAACAGAUUAGGAAUCCAGCCAAUCAAAAAACAGGAAAUUGGAUUAUUUUCUCCAAACAGCCAAUGGAAAUCCAGAUAAGGCCCUCAAGGUGGGAUCCACAACCGGAAAAGUGCAUCCAAAAAAAUACGACCUUCGACUCCUUGAAGAAACUGCAAAAAAGUGCACCCCCAGUGGGUCAUCAUAACUCAUAAAACCCUUUCCCCAUUUCAAUAAUUGAAUUCAACCUCUUCUUCUUUCUUCUUCCCUUUGUUCUUAGCUCAUAAAACCAAAAACCAAAAAGAAAUUUAAAAAAACGCCCACUCAAAAGUCUCCCAUACCCAUUUUUCAGAGUCUCCAUUAAUUUCGGUUGGAGUUUUGUACAAUUCAACUUGAAUUCCAAACUCUCUGUAUAUAUAAAGAACAGGACUUUUUAAUCUUUUUGGUUUUGUGUAAUGGUUUCAUUGCAAAGAAAAUUAACAAACGUGAUGAGAGGUAAAAAUGCAAGAGCAUGUGACAAUUGUAUAAGCAAAAGGGCUCGUUGGUAUUGCCCUGCUGAUGAUGCUUUCCUCUGUCAACUCUGUGAUGGCUCUGUUCAUUCUGCUAAUCCUCUGGCUCGCAGGCACGAAAGGGUUCGUCUCAAGACUUCAUCUUUAAAGCCAAAUUCCAAAGAAUUCUCACUGGAAAUCUCUGUUCCUUCCUGGCACCAUGGUUUCACCAAGAAAGCACGCACUCCAAGAGGCGGAAAGAAUGCAAAAUCAUCCAAAUUCGAUGAGCCAGAGAAAAAUGGCAUCAACCCUGUUCAGCAUCUUGUCCCUGAGAUUUGCUGUGAUGAAAUGGAGACAUCUAUUGAAGAAAAUGAAGAUGAGCAGCUUCUUUAUCGGGUGCCAAUAUUUGAUCCCUUUGUUGCUGAAUUAUGCACAGCAACAACUUGUAGUAAUUCUCCUAAUUCAAAUGAAGGUGCAGCUGCAAAUGAGAAUUUGGCAGCAGGGGUUAAUGAUCAAUCCACGGCUAUGAUGAAUGAUGGUAAUAAUUAUGAUGAUCGUGGAAAUGAUUUGAACCAUCAUCAUCAGUUGCAUGGAUCUCUUCCAUCGGAAAUGGAAUUAGCUGAGUUUGCUGCUGAUGUUGAGAGCUUGUUAGGUAAAGGGCUUGAUGAUGAAUCUUUUGAUAUUGAAGGGUUGGGAUUUUCUGAUUGUAAACUUGAGAAUGAUUGUUUGGGGGAAAAUGAGAAAGUUGUGUUUUUAAAGUUGGAAGAUGAAGGAGGAGAACAAAGGGAAGAAGUAGUUGACUGCAGCCAUGACCAAAUUGAUAUGAUGAUGGGUAGAGAUCAACCUUUUGAGCUGAGUUUUGAUUAUGAUUCUCCGAUGACUUGCGAGGAGGAUAGCAAGGGGGAUGUUGUUGUCGGCCGGACGGCGGCGGCCGGGACGGUGGUGAAGGAGGAUGAUCAUCAUCAGAUGAUCAUGGGUGAAGAUUGCAUUGAUAUUGAAAUAGGGGAUAUUGAUCAUCAGGGUGAGAUGAUGAAUAAUAAUGCUAAUAAUGGUGGGAAGAUAUUGUUGAGGCUUGAUUAUGAUGGAGUUAUAUCAGCUUGGAAUGACCAAAAGUCUCCUUGGACCGCUGGUGAACGCCCUGAAUUGGAUUCUCUCGACUGCUGGCCUGAUUGCAUGGGACGUUGCGGGACAAUUCACUACCCGUACGGGGAAGUGGGAAUGUACGGAAACCCGGCAAUGAUGGACGGAGGAAGAGAAGCCAGAGUUUCGAGGUACAGAGAGAAGCGGCGAACCAGAUUGUUUGCCAAGAAAAUAAGGUACGAGGUCCGCAAAUUGAAUGCUGAAAAGCGUCCCAGAAUGAAAGGCCGGUUCGUCAAGCGCUCUAAUUUCUCCCCAACUACUGCAUUCCCCGUACUCACCAAAUGAUUGUUUUGAUUGAUUGGCGAUUGCCUCUCCAAAACAAAACAAAACAAAAAAAUCUGCCGACUCUACAACUAUUUUCUGCCAAUUAAAUCAUGUGUUUUUUUGUUAAAUAUUUUUUAACUCCCACACAUGAUGAUUUAUUGGUAGAUGAUUUACAAUGUUUUUUUUUUUACAUUUUUAUUUUUUGCACAAAUUUUGAUGCUGAGAAGGAAGUGAAAUUAGUUCCUGUCCUUGACUAAGGAGCGAACUUUCCUUUUUUUGCCCUCAAAAUAGUUACAGUUACUGGCUUACUGUCAGGUUAGUUGGUUACUGUUUGUGUAAUAGUAGUUUAUUUCAGAUCAAUGUAAGAUAUCCAUUUUCUGUUAUCCAGUGUAGCUGCUUCAACAAUUUUGUUUAAUUAGAAGUUAUAACUUCAUCAUGGAGCUUUCCAUUUUUGGCCUAUAAAA